UCCGCACCUCUCCCUCUUCCCCUGACGUCGCUGUGUACACAGAGCCAAGCAGGCACGGCUAGGAGGAUGCCAGCUUGUGGCGCAUGCGCGGAAUAGCGGAUCUGGAGCAGCACACCACACAGCUGCCUGCCUCCUGUAUGAGCUGUCCGUGGCCGGUACCGCAGUGCGAUUACUGCUCCGUGUCAGCCCGCGGCUGUGGAGCCGGAUGCCCGGGGCGUCUGCUGGAGAGGGUGAGCACACACAGACUUCACCACAUAAGAAGUGCGGGCUCAGGUACCCAGAACAGCUUCCUGAAGUAAGGGGGAUCCUCUGGCCCCCAGCGAUGGGGCCCCUAUGUACUUAAGACGCAGAAUCUGCUCUCGGCAGGGUUACCUAAUGCUUUUUCUGCUUACUUUGUCGGAACGGGCCGAGCACUCCGAAUCACAGGGCACCAUGACAAUGUCCAGCUUAGGUGAUCUCUCUCAGGAGGGAACAGGCAUGAUCACAGGUUUGACGGCUGCUACAAUUCCUGGCACAGAAACCUCUGUAAGUCCCAAUCUUUCCAGGAUGCCGGAGGAAGAGCCUUUCACCUUGGAGCAGCCCAUGUUCCUCAUGACCACCACAGCGCAGGCCAUCUCGGGGUUCUUUGUCUGGACUGCAUUGCUGAUCACCUGCCAUCAGAUCUAUAUGCAUCUGCGCUCCUACAGCUGCCCCAAUGAGCAGAGACACAUUGUCCGAAUCCUCUUCAUUGUUCCUAUAUACGCCUUUGAUUCUUGGCUUAGUCUCCUCUUUUUCACCAAUGACCAGUACUAUGUGUACUUUGACACAGUGCGGGAUUGCUACGAAGCAUUUGUUAUCUACAAUUUCCUGAGCCUUUGCUAUGAGUAUCUUGGGGGUGAGAGCAAUAUCAUGACUGAGAUUCGGGGGAAACCUGUUGAGUCUAGUUGUAUGUAUGGUACUUGCUGUCUUUGGGGGAAGACAUAUUCUAUAGGCCUCUUACGCUUUUGUAAACAGGCCACCCUGCAGUUCUGUGUGGUUAAACCAUUAAUGGCAGCAAUCACUGUGAUACUUCAAGCUUUUGGCAAAUAUCGGGAUGGUGAUUUCAACGUGGCCAGCGGGUACCUAUAUGUGACAAUUAUCUACAACAUCUCGGUCAGCCUGUCGCUCUAUGCUCUAUUUCUGUUUUACUUUGCCACACGAGAGUUGCUCAGUCCCUACAGCCCAGUAUUGAAGUUCUUCAUGGUGAAGUCAGUGAUUUUCCUUUCCUUCUGGCAAGGGAUGCUAUUGGCUAUACUGGAAAAGUGUGGAGCCAUUCCAAAAAUCCAUUCGGCUGAGGUUACUGUGGGUGAGGGCACAGUAGCCGCCGGGUACCAGAACUUCAUUAUCUGUGUGGAAAUGUUCUUCGCAGCUAUAGCUCUGCGUUAUGCUUUUACUUACAAAGUAUAUCUAGACAAGAGGUUGGAUGCCCAAGCUGUUCCAACCUACGGUCCAUAUGGCCGCUGCGCCCCCAUGAAGAGCAUCUCCAGUAGUUUGAAGGAGACCAUGAAUCCUCAUGACAUUGUCCAGGAUGCCAUCCAUAACUUCUCACCAGCCUAUCAGCAGUACACACAGCAGUCUACCUUGGAGCAGGGCUCAAGCUGGCGCAAUGGACAGAUUAUUUCUCGCUCGCAGAGUCUGUCGGGCUCUCGUGACACAGAGAAGACCCUGCUUCUGAGUUCUGAUGAUGAAUUCUGAUCUGCAAGAAGAGAGAGCCUGACUAACUCCUAGGGGCGAGGACUCGGCUGUGGUUUACUUUCACCAAAUUCUGUGCUGCCUUUUUUUUUUUCUUUACAGAGUCCAUUUAAAGCAGGCGAUAUCCAUAUA